CGUCUUGGUGGUACCUGUCAUUAAUAUCAUAGCAACCGUGAACAAUAUUAUGUUUGUUAAAGAAUUAGGAUUACUUCAUCUUCACUGGACGAUAAAAGGGAGUUUUUGACCUCUGGCGGCAUACGGUUAAUGAGUGGAAACUCCAGUCAGCUGCAGUCAUGCCCACCUCUCUGCUGUGGGCAGUGGACGUGCAUGGACGGGUGUACAGCCUGUCCACGGCAGGCCAGCAGUGGGAGCAAUGUCGCGACGCCCAUAUUGAGUUCAAGCGGGUGACAGCGGCCCAGCAGUGCUGCUGGGGCAUCGCCUGUGACAACAAGAUCUACCUGAACGUGCACGCUUCUGACGUCCCCAUUCGCUUCCAAGAGGAGACCUAUGAGAAUCAACGAUGGAAUCCAGUGGAUGGUUUCUCUGAGCGUCUAUUGCCAAGCGACCGCUGGCAGUGGAGUGAUGUGACAGGUCUGCAGCACCAACCUCCACCCAGUUUCCAGCUCCCUUCCAGAAGCUGGCAGUGGGAAGGUGACUGGUACAUGGAUGAAAACUUUGAGGGGGAAGCCACAGGGAAGGAGGGAUGGACUUACUCCAUUGACUUUCCAGCAGUUUACACCAAAGACAAAAAAUGGAACUCUUGUGUCCGUCGCAGGCGAUGGCUCUGUCACAGACGAUACAAAGCCAUGGACUCUUGGGCUGAGAUCCCCUCGCAGAAGACAUCUCUACCAGAUCCCUUCAGUGACAUCAGCUGCGGUGGAUGGGAGAUAAGCGAGGAACCACAAGGCCGACUGUCACUGUGGGCUGUGUCGCUACAGGGGAAGGUGUGGUUCAGAGAGGGCAUCUACUAUAACAAUCCUGAGGGGUCUUUAUGGUCUGAGAUGCCCAUCCCCGGAGAGGUGAUCCAGAUUAGCUGCGGCCCCGGGGAACUGGUGUGGGCGGUGCUGUGGGAGGGCCAGCUGAUCGUCAGAGAGGGCGUCAGUCGAGAUUUUCCCCAAGGUACCUCCUGGUCUGUAGUGGAUUCUCCAAGUCCAGAUGUAGGUGCCAUGCAUGUGGCUGUAGGAGUCAAUGUUGUCUGGGCUUUGACCAAGGACAACAAAGUGUGGUUCAGACGUGGUGUGAACUCCCACAAUCCCUGUGGCUCUGGUUGGAUAAGCAUGGUUGGAGAAAUGAUCAUGAUCAAUGUUGGACUCAAUGAUCAGGUGUGGGCUAUCAGCAGUGAAGACCGCGCCCUGUACUUCCGACAGGGUGUAACCUCUAGUGAACUAAGUGGGAAGACCUGGAAGGCUGUCACUGUUCUCCGAGAUGGGGAUCGACCUCAUUCCAGUGCCAGUAGCCAACAGAGUGCUGGGUGUUACUUCAGUGAAUUACAUCCACCAUCUGUGGUGAGUGAUGUAGAGUCUGACACGGAGAAAGGAUCCACAGAGGAAGCCAACUGUUUCAACGCCCACACUGAGCCCUGUGGCCAGCAGACCGACACCCCUAAGUCCCACAUUCCAAAAGUUACCAGCGACAGCUUCAUCUCUCAGCUGGUAUGUGAUAAAGAACAAGCCUCUGUUGCUGUCCCACUAGCAGAGAGCAUCCCCGAGGAAGGAGUUAUCAGGCAUCUGAGUGACGAUGGGGUUCAUUCUGAAGGCCCCCUUGACCCCCGGUGGAGUAAUGUGGAUCUGGAGGAAGCCCAGAGCCAGCAGGCCCAGUUGUGUGUUGUGUCAGACUCCGCAGACACUUGUAGCCUGUCGUCUGUGGCCACAUACACCCUGGCCAUGGAGGACUCGUAUGGGGCAGAUGAGCACCCUCUGUGGGCAUGGAUCAGUGGAGGAGGGUGCUCUGUGGACAGUCAUUCCCAACUCAACUGGUUCCACAGCAACAUGAACUCUUCAUUGUUGGCCCAGUCAAUCCAGUCAAUGAGCCUGUCUGUAACCCCGGCCCAGAUGGCUGCCUGGCGGAAACAAAUCUUUGAGCAACUCAGUGAAAGAACAAAGAGAGAAAUGGAUGACUUUAGACAUUAUGAACAAGCCAUAGAACAGUGUGUGUGGGUGAAGAAGGGCACCAUGCAGUGGUGGAGAGACUGGAAGCCACACAAGUGGAUAGAUGUUCAUUUCGCCCUUGAGCAGUUCUCCGGACCAGAUGGCAACAAGGAUGGCAUCCUUUUUGUCUAUUAUAAUUACUAUGAGGAGAAGAAGUACCUUCAUGCCUUUAUCAAUGAGGUAACAAUCCUGGUGACUGUGCUCAAUGACGCCAAACACACUUUUGCCAUCUAUACACCUGAGCGGAUAAAAAAGAGGUGGCCCAUUAGAGUAGCAGCUGCAACAGAGCAGGAGAUGCAUGAUUGGUUGGCACUGUUGAACGUGUCAUGCUGUGACUCCAGGGGCAUCCAGGGUCCUCCUUCUAAACAAGCCAUUUGGUCCAUCACCUGUAAAGGGGACAUCUUUGUCAGUGAGCCGUCCCCCAGCCUGGAGGCCAUGCCAUACCCCACACCCUGCGAUCAGAUGUUCUGGCGUCAGGUCAGUGGUCACCUGCGCAUUGUAGAGUGUAACAGCACUGGGAUUGUGUGGGGCAUCGGUUAUGACCACACUCCCUGGGUCUAUGACGGGGGUUAUGGCGGAGGCUUCUUCCAGGGUCUCCCCACUAGUAAUGACAACAGUCACACACAGACCGAUGUCAAAAGUGUCUACAUAUUUGAGAACCAGAGGUGGAACCCUGUCACCGGCUACACCAACAGAGGUCUCCCGACUGACCGUUAUAUGUGGAGUGAUGCCUCAGGACUGCACGAGUGCACAAAAACAAACAGCAAGCCUCCAUCCCCUCAGUGGACAUGGGCUUCUGACUGGGCCGUCGACUACAGCGUCAGUGGCGGGACGGACCGGGAAGGCUGGCAAUAUGCUGCAGAUUUCCCAGCGUCAUAUCAUGGCCAUAAAACCAUGAAGGACUUUGUGCGACGCAGGCGAUGGGCGAGGAAGUGCAAACUGACUACCACUGGUCCCUGGCAGGAAGUCCCACCCAUCCCACUGAGUGAUGUAACCAUCCUGCUGUGCGCCGCCCAAAGCAGUGUGGCUGUGGUGCCCAUAUGGGCCAUCAGCAACAAGGGAGACGUGCUCUGCCGACUGGGAGUCACCAGUCUUACGCCCGCUGGAACUUCAUGGCUUCACGUGGGGACCGACCAACCGUUCAAGUCCAUCUCCAUCGGGUCUGCAAGCCAGGUUUGGGCCAUCGCCAAAGAUGGCUCUACUUUCUUCAGGGGUGGGGUGUCUCCUGAGACCCCUGCAGGUGAGUGUUGGUACCACAUCCCUUCACCAAGUAAACAUAAGCUGAAGCAGGUGUCUGUUGGUAGGACAUCAGUGUACACUGUUGAUGACAAUGGUAACUUAUGGUAUCGGAAGGGUUUGACUCCCAGCUCCCCUCAGGGCUCCUCGUGGGAGUAUGUAUCUAAUAAUGUGCGCAAAGUUUCUGUUGGGCCUUUGGAUCAGGUGUGGAUCAUAGCAGACAAGGUGCAAGGCAGUCACAGCUUGAGUCGUGGGACAGUGUGCCAUCGACUUGGAAUCCAUCCCAUGGAGCCCAAAGGGCAAUCGUGGGAUUAUGGAAUCGGGGGUGGGUGGGACCACGUCACUGUUCGAGGGAACACCAUGGAACCACCCAGAGUCUGUCUCCCUUUUCUGACUGCACCGCUUGCACAGACUCCUGCAGAUCCCCCAAACUGUCAGUAACACGGAUGUUAGGACACAAUUUAACACAACGGUGGACACCCAGGACUCGUUUUUUUAACAUCUAAAACAUUCAUUGCCUUUGUAGAACAUUUUACUGUUACAUUCCUUUGAAACUUCACACUUAAAUAAUCACUGCUACUUUUUUCUUCUUUUUUCUUUUUUUUCCCCAAACGGUCUUCACACACAUUUAAGCUUAUGACUUUUUGUGGUAUGAUUUACCUAGUAUAAAUAUGUAUAUAAUACUCUGUGUAACAAAAAUAAGCUCAAUGCUAUAGUUUACAAAUGAUCGUGUAUGCUGAUCUCCCUAUUUGUCAACUCAUGCUAUAUAUUGUUGUUAUUGUUUGGUGUCUGGUGCACCAGAAGCAGCUAUCAAGUCUUUGUGGGACAUUUUAAAGGUUAAAGGGGACCUACAAUGAUUUUAAUCUACAUAUAAAACACUUCUUUGUGGUCUAGAUAUAAUAUAUUCAUUAUGCUUUGGUGGAAAUUUUGCUCCACAGUCACUUUAAUACCCGAUUUUUAAGUAUAUCUGCAAGAGGACUGAUUCUGGAGGCGUUCCCAGAUUGCAAAUGAAACCACGCCCCACCCUCUUUAAAAAUAUCAUAAUUGUAAGUCAUAAAAUACAAAAUUCAUCAUAGGUCCCUUUUAAAACAAAUAACCCUAAGCACAGAUCUCAACAAACAAUGGGCUUUAGUUGUGUAAAGAGUAAAAUUAAGUACCAGGAAUAAUACCACAAAGAUCUACCCGGGUGGGUCGAUUGACACCUGCUUUAAGCUCAAUACUACACACAACUCCUGCAUUGAUCUGGUGCCUGCUUCUUACAUUAAGCAUUGUUAGAACCACUAUCUUAAUUGUCUUUGGAAUAUGUGCAAUACUUAAGGUAAAACUUAAUUCUCGGAACCUACAGUUUGCUAAGAACUAGGCUAAAAAAUAUAUUUUUGUUAUAAAAUUGUCGUCCUAUUUAGCAUGUUAGCUGCUAAAGAAGUUACAGAACAUUUCACACUCAAUAGAAAACAUAUUAGCUAUGUGGGCAUGUAUUGCUUUCUAUACAUAAGGAUUGUAUGGUCUGUUACUGUGUUGUAGUGGCUUCCUAAUGUCACACAUGUAGUGCACGAUCAAAUACCAGUCAAUAAAUACACAUGUUUAUUGAUAGCUCA